AUGACAGAAUAUAACUGGUGUAAACUCUGUGUUGGCUGCAGUCGGGUCUUCGUGGACAAAGAGGCGAUGAUGGCGGCCGCUCUGGAGAUGGCCGGACAGAUCGCGGCCCGCAGUCCCGUGGCCGUGCAGGGGACCAAAGUGAACCUGGUGUACUCCCGCGACCACAGCGUCCAGGAGGGCCUCCACUACAUGGCUGCAUGGAACAUGAGCAUGCUGCAGACCCAGGACGUGAUGAAGUCUGCGCAGGCCUCCAUGGAGAAGAAGGGCCCUGAGACCGUCGUCUUCUCCAAACUCUGA